CUGCUGCUGUGGCAAGUUCCAGCUAGCAGGCAGCCGGAUCAGGUUGGUCCAGUCGCAGUACCUUCAGUCCCGGUAGAGUCGGGUGUCUCUUUCCGGUGUCCGACGGGAGGAUACUUUAGUUGCCGUGUGUGUGAUGGAACUGGACAAAAUGGACGAAAACGACUGGAAAUACCACGGAGAGGGAAACAAGAGCCUGGUGGUCUCUCACGUUCAGCUCUCCAGAGUUCUACGUUUGCUCAAAUACCCAGCAGAGGACUCUGAGAACCCCCCACAGACGGUGGAGCAGGCCUUCAGGCAGAUCCAGAACAUCGUGGACUUCAGCUCCAACGUGAUGAGCAGCCUGCUGGGGGACAAGUUCGUCCACAGUGGGGAAGUCGUCAAACUCCCGCUGGAGUUUGUUCGACAGCUGUCCAUCAAGAUUCAACAUCAGAGACCAGCGUGGCGCUGUGAUAAAGUCAUGGACAUCUACAGCGGCUGCGCUCUGUGCCUGCCCAACCUGACGUCUCCGUCUCUGCACCCACAGACGCACUGUCCCCCCCUCUGCGUCGAGAUCAAGCCUAAAUGUGGCUUCCUGCCGUCUCCCAAACACGUCAGCAAAGACAUGAAGACCAAAGUGUGUCGUUACUGCAUGCACCAGCACUACAAGGUGGCCAACGGGAAGUGGAAGAGACGCAGCCUGUACUGUCCUCUGGACCUCUUCUCAGGGAACAGACAGAGGAUGCAGUUCGCCGUCAGACACCUGAUCGAAGAACCUCAGAACAACUUCAAAGUCUUUAAGGGCGGUCAGUGUGUUUACAGCAGUAAGGAAGGAGGUGACGACCCGCCAGACGUGAACGUUCUGCUGCACCAUCUCAGACCCUACUUCCAGACCGGAAACAACCGGAUCAACGGACACGUGACCGGCAAGGCUGUCCUGAACGACUUCAUCCAGGUUCUGGUUAACGUCCUGCUGAGCAGUGGGGGCGGAGCCGGAGGACAGGUGACUGAUAGACGAGGAGAGGGGCGGAGCUUCUGUCAGGCCAGCCUGUUGAACAAGGAGCGGAUUCGUCACGGAUCUCAGGGUCUACCCAGCGACAGUGUUCUGUUCCGGAUCCUGCAGACACAGAUGUUGGACACGUUGGACAUCGAAGGUCUUUAUCCUCUGUACCGCCAAGUGGAGCAACACCUGCAGGACUUCCCCAAAGACAGGACCCGGCUCCAGAUCGACGGACCGUACGGUGAAACCUUCCUGGAGAAAGUCCAGAAGUUUUCAACGGAGGACGACAGCUCCGUGGAGUUCGCUGCUGCUAAGGUCCAUCAGUACCGGAUCGCCAUGACGGCCAAGGACUGCUCCCUCAUGGUGGCCCUCGUGCCCAGUGCUGAGGAAGAGGACGAUGAUGAAGACCUCUCGUCUCAGAGGAGACCCCUCAGACCUCCUGCCUUCUCCUCCUCCGUCUCCAUCCUGGACCUGGACCCCAAACCGUUCGACAGCAUCCCCCGCCAGCUGCGCCUGGACCAGAAGAUCGUCUCGUGUUACCUGAGGACCGGCGGUGCCUUGCCCAAGGGCUCCCUGUCGCUGCUCCCCAGCAUCAUGGCGUCGGCGGAGAGGGACGACCGCACGCUGCUGUUCCACCCCGUGUGACCCGGGUCGGACCGGCGCCGGCUUCGACAUGCCACGGCCUGUAGAGGUGAACCCCAGCACCGGUUCUGCCUCGACCCGGUUUCAUCCCAUUCGUUGUGUUUUUGGUUCAAAGACCGGCGCCGGGCUCCUGAUGGGAUCAACGGUUAGUUUUUACCCACAAUGCUUUGUGUUAAUCCCUGUCAGCUGAUCUAUCACCGUUUAUCAACAUUCAUCUGACUGGACCUGCAGACGCGGGUCAGGAAGGUCAAAGCUGCCUGUGAAGGAGCAGUUCUGAUCCGGGUCACAGGUCACACAGGUAAAAACACUAACUCUGAACCAGACCACACCUGAACAGGUGAGGUUCUGUCUGGACCUUCAACCCGUCCAGAACAUUUAUCUGAACACUGCCACCUGCUGGUGGAUCAGGUCUGUUCCACAAUCAGCAGGUUCUCAUCAAGGAUGUCAGGUAAACCAGGUGUAGUCUGGAUCCAUCAGAACCAUCAGAACCUGCCGACAUCAAACUUUGAUGUUUUAUUUACUAAAUCAGGUGAACUGCUCCUUUAACGGCUCUGUUUGUUUGUUUGUUUGUUUGUUUGUUUUUCACGCCACUCCUGUUUUCAUCUGAGGCAGUAUUUAGUCUAAAGUUUGCCAACGAGCUCAGAUGGACCCGGUUCUGUUUGAUCCACAUCAAACCCUAAGUUAAAGCCGCAGGAUGUUGUUUUUAUUUGUUUAAACCUCCACGGUCCUGAUCCGGUCCUCUGUGGUUCUGAGGUGGUCUGGAAGGAUCGGGGUCCGUUUAAAACUUUUUCACGUAUGUUUCACUUCUAACUGUCAGGACUGAUGAGGCCCGGUCUUCAGAACUCUUCUGGGUCUGAGCUUCAAGCUGCUGCUCUGCUGGUGUUUGUGCCAUAAGUGACUUCCUGUUUGUUUGUUUGUUUGUUUGUU